AGCUUUCCCCUCAGUCUCAUCACUUCUUCUGGUCGACCGACUGGACGCAUCAUCUCACGCUCCGGGAAUGGGAUCUCUACUGGGUUCAAAGAAAAACUUUGAGUUCUUUCGAGUUUACGCUCUCCAGAAGCUACUUUUCAAACUGCAGGGAUAGUUGUUACUGCAGGUGCAGGGCGACAGCAACAAAGAGUCAACUGGCCAAUGACUUCCAAGACGCACCAGAAGUUGUCGGCAAGUUUCAGAUAGAAGACAGAAAUCAGUUUAGCACUAUGAGGUGGUGAUUUUAAGUGACAUUUCAGAUCACAGUAAGUUCAACCGAGGCGUGCGUAAAAUAUCUGUGCGUAAAUUUGGAGCUGUUGCGCACGGUUCAAAUUAAAUUCUAGUGAGGCAGCUAAUGCGAAAACGUAUAAAAUACUACAGGUCUGUUCAUUUUUAAAUCUGUGAGAAGUGAUUAUAACUUGACAACCAUGGCAAGAUGGUUCAGAGAUUUCCCCAUUAACUUGAAGAACGGAAACGAAAGAGUUCGCUCGGCCUCUGAGUCUGGUCCACAAACUCGACCCAAACCCUCGUUUUCUCGUGACAGUCUGAAAGGAAAUCAGCGCAAAGACGGUGGAGUGGGGGGUUUAUUGGCAGGGAGAAACAGGAAAAAUUCGGCAACAGAAUUGGGUCGUAACAACACUGGUUAUGGUGGGGCAGUCUGGGAUAGUUUUACAACUGGAAAAGGUCGCAAGAACUCCAAGGUCGAGACUGGGACAUCAGAUGAGAACCGCCAGGUCAGGACCUCUAGUUUGGCGCAAGCGUACAUCAGCAGGAUGAUCAAAGUGGACAAACAGGACAAGACCCCCAAACUCAACGGGAUAAGUGAACAGAAGCAGCCAGAAAACGAAAAGUCAAGACCUGACAUUAAAACAAAGCUGAUUAUCCUGGAGGACUAUGCAGAUCCUUUUGAUGCAGAGAAAACCAAAGAGCAGAGGGAGGCUGAGCGAGCAGGAGUGAAUGAUGGGUACAUGGAGCCCUACGAUGCCCAGGUCAUCAUCACAGAGGUUCGUAGACGAGGAUCCAAGGACCUCCUGAAAGUGUGUGUUCUGCUGGACCGAGGCCAGAGAGAGGGGAAGGGAGAAGAGGGAAAGCCCACACCUUCAAAUAUCUAUGACACGCCAUAUGAGGGCGGGCUGGAAGGCGACCGUGAGGGGGUGUGGAUCCCUGUCACACGGCCAGAGUCUGACAUCCGUCCCGCUGGAGAGUACGAACUGCCCUGGGAAUGGAGAAAGGAGGACAUUGUUAGAGCGCUGUCAGCUCAGUUCGAGGCAGUGGAUUGUUCUCCCAGUAAAGAGAAUGGUUCAACCCUCGUCCGCCAACAGCAGCAGCAGCAACAACAACAACACACCCUAAGGCAGAAGAACUGGAACCAUAAAAUACUUGUACCAUCUUCUCCAUCCUCCUCCUCUUCUCCCUCCUUUCCCUCCUCUCCUAUUCUCAAACUCUCCCCUCUCACACCCCCAUCUCCCUCUUUCCCUACCCUCAAACUCUCACCCUCUUCUAGUCCUAACAAACUUUCCCCUCCGUCUCCUACCUCCCCCAAUGCCCCACUGGAUGGGGAGGCAGCCAAAGUGGACCCCAGCCUGCCCCUGGAGAAGCAGAGCUGGUACCAUGGCAGUGUGAGUCGGCAGCAGGCUGAGGCUCAGCUGCAGCGCUGCAGGGAAGCCAGCUUCCUGGUGAGAGACAGCGAAUCAGGAACCAGCAAGUACUCCAUCGCUCUGAAGACCAGUCAGAGCUGUGUGCACAUCAUUGUGGCCCAGACUAAGAGCGUUAAAGGCUUGGGCUUCACCCUGGAUCAGAGUAGCUGUGUCUUCUCCAGUAUCCCUGAGCUGGUCCACCAUUACUGCACACACAGGCUGCCUUUCACUGGAGCAGAACACAUGACCCUGCAGCAUCCUGUGCCCAGGCCACACUGAACAUGCGUAAAAAGAACAAACACACACUCACACACACUAGGGCAUAAAUACACAUGCGCAGAGAGACAUGUAUUACACAUUUAUGCACAAAUGCACACAGACACACACAUUAACUUGUUAAUACAUGUGUGCACACACAUACUCAAAGAUAUGCUGCUUUGGAUUUGUCCCGUGUACUACUUUAAUAAGUUUAUGUUUGUAUCGCUUUCAUGCGCACCCUAGUGGUCAAAGUCAUACAUUACAAUAACCAUUGAUCAUACUAAAAUCUACAAAACACACAAGCCCUUCUGAACCACAGCUGGUGUAUUUGCUCUAUCGACUUGCCAUACUUAGUAAACUGAUUUCUGUAUUAUGUGAAACAAUGCACACGAAGCCCUGCACUUACUGUAAUCCAGCAGAUAUUUGAAGCAAGUGGAGAGGCUCACCUCAUGGGAUGCCCUUACACAGAGGUGCUGACAUCAUCAAUUAGCACCAUGCCAUCUAGUUAGGCGUGGUCUGUGAGAUCAAUACACCUGAUUGGAGUAUAUUCAUUCAUCCAUCUGACAUGUCAAUCAACCAAUUGAUCUAUCCUGAAAAUCAGGCUCAUUUUCCAACCACUCUUUCUGUCAAGAGAAAGAGCUUUAUCGAUUAGGUGAUUAGAACUAGUGUAGUGGGAGGGGUCUUAUAAGAUUACAGUGCCCUGUCGGCAAAAUUGUAUGAGUGUAAGUGUGCAGAAUAAAUAUGUGAAUGUCCGUUCAUGUGCCUUUACUGUAAUCUGAAUCCGAGGUUGACUUACUUUAUUGUGAAUGACCUGCUUUACUCUAAAAUGUACUAUGCAUUAUAAUGAUGUAUGUAUAAAGUGAUGAGUGUUGGAUGUUGUCAGAUUUUUUUUUACACCAACCACACAAUGAUGUGUGCUGUAUAUUAUUGUUGUAAGACUUUUAUUCAGUAAAUAAAAUAAAGUUCAUAUUAACUGUG